AAAUCUACUAAAGAGGAAAUGGCUGCCUCUUCAUCAUCAUCCUCAGCCGGUGGGGUCAGUGGAAGUCCUGUCACUGGAUCUGGUUUCAGUGGCUCAGACCUUGCCCCACCACGGAAAGACCUUUUCACCUACCCCAAAGGAGCUGGAGAGAUGUUAGAAGAUGGCUCUGAGAGAUUCCUCUGUGAAUCCGUUUUCAGCUAUCAAGUGGCAUCUACGCUUAAACAGGUGAAACAUGAUCAGCAAGUUGCUCGGAUGGAAAAACUAGCUGGUCUGGUAGAAGAGCUGGAGGCAGAGUGGCAAUUUAAACCCAUCCAGCAGCUGCUGGGGUUCACACCCUCUUCAGGUUGACCUUGCCUGGAUGGU